AUGACUACACGAUGGAGCUAUGUUUGGGCUCUGCUCUUAUUACUCCUUCAUCUUCACGGUGUAAUAGCAGGUCCUCUUCAACUACUGCGCCGCGAGGAUGCUACAGCCACAGCCACGAUAUCGCCGGCUACGACAGCGACCGAAAUCAAGGCGCAAGAUGACGAGACUUCCACUCAGAGUGCAGUCGAAACAAAGACAACGCAUAGGUCUACUACGGACGAGAGUUCAACCACGUUCAUGGUCACGUCGACUACUGCAUUUCCUUCGGCUAUUAAUGGGAACAGUCCUGACCAUACUAAUAGCUCUCUUGCAACUCCCAGUCCUAUUCCGAAUGGUCAGCUACCCCUAGCUCCCCGACUUACACCAGGAUGGGGGGUCGCCGGUGCCCUUCUCUUGAUAAGUGGCGCUGCGUACACACUAAUUGGGAUCAAGAAUGGUUGGUUCUACACCUUCUUCUCGGCGGCGUUCCUCACGGCCCUGAGUGUCACAGUUCUCAUCAUAUAUGUUAUGGUUCCACCUGUACCAGCUGCGAUUGAGGGAGCCUAUGUUGUAGCAGCUGUUGUCUCUGGACUCAUUAUUGGUGGAGCAUCCAUCGUGUUUCGAGAGAUCACUGAAGGCUUGGGAUGCCUCCUAGGAGGAUUUUGUGUGUCCAUGUGGCUAUUAACACUUAAAGCUGGUGGGCUGCUCCCUUCAUCCACACCAAAGAUAAUAUUUAUCAUCGCCUUCACGGUUGGCAGUUAUGCGUUCUACUUCAGUCGCUAUACGCGGCCAUACGCCCAGAUUGGUCUCAUGUCGUUUGCAGGUGCGACUGUAACAGUCUUAGGUAUUGAUUGUUUCAGCCGGGCCGGAUUGAAAGAAUUCUGGGCUUACAUCUGGAACUUGAACAAGGGGCUCUUCCCCUACGCCACGCACACUUAUCCUAUGACCAAGGGCAUUCGCGUUGAGAUUGCGGUCACUGUUGUUUUUACGAUUAUAGGUAUCAUCUCUCAAAUGAAGCUCUGGCGAGUUAUUCAAGCGCGCCGGGCAAGGAAGGCCGAGGAGCAAGCCGAAGAGCAACGAAAACGUGACGAAGAAGAGACAAGUCUGGGGCUACGGAUUGAGGCGCAAAACGCGAGGGAACGUCGACAAUGGGAAACGGUAUACGGUGAUCAGCCUCCACAAAGCUUGGCCGAGUCUGAGGACUCAGGGGUUGAAGACGUGGGUGAUGAGAAGAUGAAGAAACAUCGCAUUAGUCAAAAGGUUGUUCGGCAGGCAUCCUCGAGCGAGGAUCAAAUUGAGCUGGCUGAGCUCCCAAGUCCAGAGCUCACGAAUUCACCUGAUCCUCUAAAGUCGACUAAUGGGUUAAUGAUGACGAACCAGAAAGACGACAGCAGAGUGACGAUUAGGGUUGCCAGGGAUGACGAUGAACCGACAGAACGCAAUGACGUAAUCAUAUCUGAACCAAAUGAUAAGAAUGUUGGGACACCCAACGGCUAUGCUAAAGCGCGGCCAAGCUCGAUAACAUUUCCCGAAACUUCUCAAAUGUCACCAACGGAGCCGGGGCCGGAGGUUACUCCUCUUCCAUUCAAGAUCCCGAGCAGUGUGGAUGGAAAUGACAGGGAUGAGAACCGUUCAUCGAUUGCAGCCUAUGCCGAUGAGGACGAUGGGGAGUUUAUGCUCAGCGACAAACCUUCGAGAUUGUCAUCGGCUCACCGACUCUCAGCAAGUUCUGGCAAACUUCUAAAAAGUAUCUCUCUACGGUCAAAUUCCGCCCGGACGUCCAAACGAAAGACAGGCGAGUUUGAAGCACAUUUGUCGCCGGCAGGGGAGGAGAGCACCGAAAAUCUCAUUGUUGAAAACCCGAAACGUUAUAGCGACAUGUUAUCGAUUAUUGCUACUAUUGAUGGGCUGAGUCAAGAUGGUGAUGACUACGAUCGUCUUACGGAUGACAACACUGAACGGAACUAUUUACCAGAGGUUACUGUCGAGUUUGGUGACGGCACAGAGCCCAAGGGAGUGGGUAAAGGUAGUGAAGGUGAAGAAGGCGAUAUGCAAUCGAAGUUGAAACCUCCCGGUUCCGAGCAGCGUCGUAGUGCUCGACCUAUCUCAUCUACUGAGACAGUUGCCACUGAUAUUCUUGAUCCUUUCACUACCAUCUCGUCAUCGGGCGACCUGUCGAAGAGAAGCAGUAUGGAUCCAAGCACGAAAAAGACGGACAGCACCAACGAAAACAGUAAUCCAACCGAUCUGUCCACUGUUGAAGAGACCCCAGAAAGUUCGGUACACCAGAAAUCCCCGGCUCCCUCGACUACUUCAAAUAGUAAAAGCAGUAUAAGUCUCACCAAAGAUCGGCUCCCACCAGCCUUGACCCGCGUGGCUUUAUCGUACAGAACCAACGAAUGGGCGAAGCAUCUAAGCACAGCGGAGGUCCCUGAUAUAGAAGAAUUGCAGCUGGAAAGCCCUGCUGACCGUCAGAAUGUCGAGAAGCAAGUUAUCGAAGCGCCUGUGCCGGUUGAUGUUGAGGAACUCCAGCAAACGACUACUUCUGCGGCUUUCAUGAGACGAUCUUCUAGUGCGCCGAAUGUUCCACAGCCUCUCUCACCAGCAGAUCAUUCCACGUCUCGGAUAAGCUCAUAUUCUUCUGCGCCAAAGGCGCACAUACCAGCCACUCUCGCUAUCCUCACGAGCGUCGGCUCGGAGGCCGGAGUUGAGGGAGUGUCAGGAAGCUCUUCGGUACCAAAUCUCCCCCAGGCAGGGCAUGGUUACAGGAACAGCAGGCAGCGGAACUCCAGUGAAGUAUACAACCAGCCAAUCCAAGAGGAAGAUGGCACCGAGCCACUUCCUGUGGCGGGCCAGACGGGUUCGUCCGACGAGGCCAAUUCUACGCCAGGCUCGGUUCCUCCUUCACCAGGAGGACAUGCGCCCAUACCAGGGCUGGUCUCGUACUCCAGCCCGCAGACCCUCCUAGGAAAGCGCGAGAUGUUCUUGCGCAACAGAUCCACAUCGCAGCUCCUUACGACGCCAAUCCAAGAAAGCCCUGAAUAUAUGAUGCGGUCAGCGAGUCAGAUGACCUUGCCGUACAAUCAGGCCACGCCGCCGCCGCCGAACGAUAUGGACGAUAUCCCUCUGAGUCAAAGGAAAGAACUCAUUCGGCAGAGCAGCAGGCUCUCCGUUAACUCGGGUGUUUCGAACAUGAUAGGCCGUCCCAGACGCAUCAGUUCCGGGAGCGCGGUACAACUCCCCUCCAGCAACACAUUUGCUACUAACACGCCUCCUGCGCCUUACGUCCCCACCAUAACCGCCGAGUCCACAAACUUCGACUCGCAUCAGCCCCAGCGACACUCGAACCUACCAUCACAAGCAGCCCGCGACGCCCGCCUCUCGCAAUUCCGGCAGUCGGUAGCAGCAGAACUGCGCACACCCACGGGCGCAAUGCCGCGCGCAGGAAAAGAAACUGCAUUACGCACAUCGAGUUCGAUGCCGAGUGCAACGGCGAUGAAUCAUGCCGAAGUGAGCAGGGUGAUCGAGCAUCAGCGCAGCAUGCUGCUAUCGCAGCGCGAGAUGGAGGCCCAGAGGAAGGCGGGGGAGCGCUGGGAGAAGGAGAGGACGGAACGAGUCUUUGAGGAGAUGAUGAGACGUGGGGAUUUGGUGGACGUGCAUCGGGAGGCACUUAGGAAGAUGCAGGGGGGUGUUAAGCAUUGA